GCACUAUGGUCGACAAACCUGCGACAACGGAGCCGCCUCGAAAGAGAGUGCGGUGCUCCGCCGAUGAUGGGCCUAGUGUGAAUUCGAAAGCGAUCAUCGUCCGCGUCGGCGUAGCCAAGCAGGAAUUUUAUGUCCACGAGGAGCUACUCAGCGCAAGCUCGGUAUUCUUCAACAACGCGCUGAAGAAAGAGUGGAAAACGGGCCACGAGGCUGCUGUCGAUGUGUUGGAUGUCGAACCAGAUUGGUUCAGGGCUUGGGUUAAAUUCCUUUACACCGGCCGAGUCUUCGUUGGAAGUGAAGAAGAAGGGAAAAACGACAGCAAGGAAGGUGACACAUGGAAAGAGCUUUACGUUCUUGCAGACUUCAUUCAGGACAUCGAUUUCAAGGACGCCUUAAUCGACGCCAUGAUAGAGCGUAUACUCAAACUCGGGAAAUGCCCUCAACAAUUCGCCAAGUAUGUCUUUUCGCGGUCGGCAAAAGAUUCGGCCCAUCGGAAAUUCGCGGUCGACUUAUUUGUCAUCGGUUGGCCACGGGACGGUUGUCUAGAGUACCUAGAAAGUCAGCCACCAGAAUUCAUGAUGGAUGUCGUAAGAGCUAUCAUGCCAGGGCUUCAAGAGGAUAUCAAGAGAGCCCACCCAACACAAUGGUUAGACCAAGUUGAGACUUGCAAGUACCACGACCACGGAGACAAGCCUUGCUACAAGACUAAGCCCGCGUUCCGGUACUGA